AUGCUCUUUCAAACAGUUGUGUUUGGUCGAUGGCAUAAUGCCGCAUGUGUUUUCGUUGAUUCGUUGAAAAUAUAUAAAAACAAUUUCAUUUUAGCCAAGUUUAUUAAUUGGCUUUAGUGGUUACUGCACAACCAGCGAGGAUAGUUAAAUAAAUAAAUAAAUUAUUAACAUUUUUAAAUUGUAAAAUUCAAAGAUUGAUCAUAUAUCAAAGCAAAUAAAAAAUAAAUGUAAAAAGUGUAACUAACGGAAUAUCGAAACUGUGUUUAAAAAAAAUGUGUGUAAAAAUAUUUUUUUUAAAUGUUUGAAAAUUUUAACUGUUCGUCAAUAAUAUAACAUUUUCUUUAAAGUACUUAAAAUAUAAAGCACCUAAUGAGCAAACGUUUCACUAUGGACACCUCAGUGAAUAUUAUUAAAAAUUUGAACAACAAAACCCAUACAACAAACGUGAGAUAUUCACCGUUGAAAGCAGCAUAGGUAAACACAAGUUCCAUAAAUCAUUCGAUAUAUCAGAAAAGGUGUACGAGACCAGAGAUUAGUCGUAGCCGCAUUGUCAAUACCAACCGAUUUGAUGUGAUAAACAGAACAGCAACAAAAUUAUUUUGUUUGGCAAAUUUAGUAGUUUCGCACCAGUAAGACUACUUAUCAAAUUGUCACACAGUGGAGAGGUGUGACAAGAUAGCAGCCGUUGGUCUCACAAAUUUCAAUAAUCAACCAAAAACCUAUAAACUAAGCACAACUCAUCGAAGUGGCGGGCUUACGAGUAGCUGAAAAUUAAUAAAACGCAAAAUACGUUUUAAACAACUCACCACAGCAAUGCCAGAAAAUAUAAAAUUGAUAAAUAAUGGUUAUCUGCGUACACCGCAUAUCAUCGCUAACACGCCCAAUAUUGGUAGUGGCGAAAAUAGUAUUGCAAUGGAUGAUGGCACGGCAGCAGUAGUCGCACCAUUGCUGGGAAGUGAAAGAAAUCCCAUUGUAGAUGACUUUCCCGAUAAUAAAAUAACAAAUACAGCAAACAGUAACAACCCCGCCAUUAAUGCGGUGCGGUCUCCUGUGCAGCAACAACGCAUUACAAAUCAAAAUAAUCAAGCAAAUAAUGGACCUCACAUAAAACUACCUACCGUUGUAUACAUUGGUACAGAUGCUGGUGGUGGUACUGAUACUGGAGGUGGUGGUGGUGGUGGUAAUAUCAGCACCAUAGUCAGCGGUACACCACGUACAACAUUACAGCGAAAUGCUCCAUUUCCGUAUAACAACACUAGUACUUCUAUCACAGCAAACAGAAGCUCAUCUAUUCAAAAUCAUCAACAUAACGAUUGGGUCAUAAAAGAUCCUGCUUUAAGGCGACGUUUGCUAAUUUUGGCUGUGGCGUUUACGGUUUUAGGUGCUGCUAUUGGAGCAGUAGCAAUUUAUUUAGCCGGCAGUUAUCGUUGCUAUCCAGCCACCAAAACCACAAACAAUGAUAACUAUAACAAGGCAAUAGCUGAUAGCGUUCAUCAUCAUUCACUCAAUUACCCAGGUUCCAUAUCACCAGAAGACAAAGUUUGUCUAAGCGAGGAAUGUGUACGGACAGCCGCAUCAUUACUGUCUGCAAUGGAUACUGCAGCUGAUCCAUGUCAAAACUUUUUUCAAUACGCUUGUGGUACUUGGAAUAAGAAACAUAUAAUACCAGAAGAUCGAAGUUCUAUAAGUACUUUUGAGGUGCUAGCCGAUCAGCAACAAGUAAUUCUGAAAGGCGUCUUAGAAGAAAGUAUAAACGAAGAAGAUAAUAAGGCAACGAUUAAAGCUAAAAUGUUUUAUAAAAGCUGUAUGGAUAUUCCCCAAAUACGUAAAAUUGGUGAAGGUCGCUUAAAAGAUGUUUUAAAAUCACUAGGUGGUUGGCCGGUUAUCGAAAAAAAUUGGCAACCACCAAAUAUGACAAUAGAACAACUAAUGGGUUACUUGCGUGGCAACUACAGUGAAGGCGUACUGAUAGAACUAUAUGUCGGUGCAGACGAUAAGAAUUCAUCUGUGAAUAUACUUCAAAUUGAUCAAUUGCCUCUCGCCUUACCUUCUAGAGAUUAUUAUCUCAAGUCAAGCAGUGAAAAUGAUUUAAAAGCAUAUCACAAAUAUAUGACACAGACAGCAAUCCUUUUGGGUGCUGAUCCUGAAACUGCAACACAAGAAUUAAAUGAAGUAGUGCAGUUUGAAAUUAAUUUGGUUAAUGCAUCACUGCCAGAAGCAGAUCGCCAUGAUACUAGCGCCAUUUAUAAAAAAAUUACUUUAUCGGAGUUACAAGAGCAAGUACCAGAAAUAGAUUGGACUGAAUACUUGCAAACAGCGUUAGGUCAAGAAAUACAACUACAGCCAAAUGAAGAGCUUGUGAGUUAUGCUAUGCCAUAUCUUAUAGAUAUGGGCAAGAUCUUGAAAAAUGCCGACCGUCGUGUUGUCCACAAUUAUGUUCUGUGGCGUUUAAUUAUGUCCAUAACGACGCAUAUGAUUGAUGAAUACCAACGCGAACGUGUAGAGUUUAGAAAAAUUCUACUCGGAAUACAGUCGGAACGUAUGCGUUGGUCACAGUGUGUCGAGUGGACGAAUAAGAAACUGGGCAUGGCUGUUGGUGCGCUUUUCAUACGUGAUAAUUUUAAUCAAGAUAGUAAGGAUACAGCCUUAGAGAUGAUACACACUAUUCGGGAGGCUUUUAAUGAAUUAUUAGCAGAAAAUCAUUGGAUGGAUGAUGAAACCAGAGCCGUAGCUAAAGAGAAAGCCGACACAAUGAAUGAACGCAUUGGAUAUCCAGAAAUAUUGACUAAUGCCACCGAAUUGGAGAAGGAAUAUAUUAAUCUCACCAUUAUUCCCGACAAUUUUAUGGAAAACGUUUUAAAUAUUCUAAAAUGGGAUUCUGAAAAAAAUUUACAACUUCUGCGUAUGCCAGUUGAUAAGGAGAAGUGGACUACAGAGCCAGCUGUUGUGAAUGCUUUCUACAAUCCCAAUAAAAACGAUAUUGUUUUUCCUGCUGGUAUAUUACAACCUUUGUUCUAUAGCCAAAAUUUCCCUAAAUCACUAAAUUAUGGUGGAAUAGGUGUAGUUAUAGGACACGAGAUCACACAUGGAUUCGAUGACAAAGGUCGCCAGUUUGAUAAAGAUGGUAAUAUGAUGCAAUGGUGGAAUAAUGCUACAAUUGAAGCAUUUCGUGAGCGUACGCAAUGCAUUAUAGACCAGUAUUCGAAGUAUAAAAUUGAUGAGGUCGGCAUGUAUAUGAAUGGGCGCAUGACCCAAGGGGAAAAUAUAGCAGAUAAUGGUGGUUUGAAACAGGCGUUUAGGGCUUAUAAAAAAUGGGUAAAACGUCAUGGUCCAGAACAAGAGCUGCCUGGUCUUAAUCUGUCACAUGAUCAAUUGUUCUUCUUAAAUUAUGCACAAAUAUGGUGUGGUUCUAUGCGUCCCGAAGAUGCAUUAACUAAAAUACGGUCAUCUGUGCAUUCACCCGGUUUUAUCCGCGUACUUGGACCUUUGUCCAAUUCGAAAGACUUCGCCAAAGCAUAUCAAUGUAAGCUGGAUUCACCGAUGAAUCCAAAAGAAAAAUGCAGUGUAUGGUAAAAAGUUCGCUAAUAUCUUAUAAAAGAAAGGACUUCUUUUUACGAUUAUAUAUGUUUAUUUUAGUUAAGUGUCUAGUAUAUAAUAUCAUUUUUAUAUGUACGAG